CUCUCAGGGUUAAUGAGUACAGUGGAAUUAGGUGCUCAGUCCAUCAUCUACGAACUGUCGACCAUCGCGUACUUGCUGCCACAAGGGAUGAGCGUGGCCUCCAGUGUCCGCGUGGGGAAUGCCUUAGGCGCAGGGGACGUUGACCAGGCCAAGAGGUCGUGCAUCAUGGCCCUCCUUUGCACCGGGGUCCUUGCGGUGGUUUUCGCUGCGCUGCUGGCGGCCCUGAAGGAUGUGGUGGCCUACAUCUUCACGGACGACAAAGAAAUUGUUGCUUUGGUCUCCAAAGUGAUGCUGAUUUUCUCACCGUUUCACCUGUUCGAUGCCAUGGCGGCCACUUCCGGAGGGGUGCUGAGGGGCGCCGGCAAGCAGAAAAUUGGCGCCAUCGCCAACGCGGUGGGCUACUACGUCGUCGGGUUGCCCAUUGGGGUUACACUGAUGUUCGUGUACAAGCUUGGCGUGAUGGGUUUGUGGACCGGAUUAAUCGUCUGCAUCUCUCUGCAAGCUGCAUCCUUCUUGGUUGUCGUCUUACGCAUGAACUGGAAAAAAGCCGCCGAAGAGGCUCAGAUUCGAGCUGGACUAACAGCCAGAGAAGGAAGUCCUGAGGAUUCUGUCAGUGCAGAUUAUCUUGCGAUGAAUUUGGAGGUGCCCAAUGGAGAUACUCCCAGCUGUUUUGUCCACCCGGGUGAAAACUUAGAGGACCAUGAGCCUCUUCCCGGCGAAGAGGUGCCCCAGUUUAUUGCUUCUCCGACACCAGGGGCCUUAUCCCGCAAGCAACUUCUUCUCCGGCGCGGACUGGCACUGCUGUUAGCCGUCGCCACCUUGCUUUUAGGGGUUGUCAUCCAUCUCCUGCUCUGAGAACGGCGGAGUUGUGCAACAUGGGAAGACCAAAGAGGGCAGCCGUUUGGGAGACCUUCUUACCUCAUUAGUGCUCACCCCCAAAGAAUCUAAAAGUGAUCCAGCCUGGGAUCUGAUCCCCAGGAAUGGUUGCUCUUUUACCAUCAGCCUGGACCAACGAUGGGGAAAGACUUGGUGGAAAGACUUAACUUGCCUUUAAAGGCACUUGGAAAAUCACAUUGGAAUAAAUCCAA